AUGGUCCCCAGCCGCAAGAAUCAUGGGGCCGGUAGAGGCUCGAUACUAUCACCUGAGCCUGAUUUUGGUUUUGACUUUACUGACUUUGCUGGUACAUCUUGUUUUGCGACUCUGAGUCCUCGUCUAUAUAAUUGGCCAGUGCCUCCCAUUUUUGAUGAUUACCUACCACUAAUCAAGCAACCUAGUUGGAAAUUCCGGGCAAAUCUUAGUUCAGAGCAUCUUGAGUAUCUCGAGUACUAUUCCAACUGCUACUGCAGCUCCAUAUCCAUUGGUCUUCUGACCUCGAACUACUUCAUAAAGACGUUUUUGCAAUUGGCGUCCAGUAACGAAGCUAUCAUGUACUCUCUAGUGUCGUGGGGAUGUCUUAUGAAACAAUCAAGAGAAGAAGCAAAACCGUACCUCAACAAAGCCGCUAAAAUGAUGAUUAAAUACGUCGGGAGCCCUAAGGAACGAGGUAAAGAUGAAGUGUUUGCUUUGAUGGCCUUUUACUUGAUAGCUAUCGGGUGGGAGGUUUGCUCAGGCGAUACCAAGAAUUGGUAUGAUCUAAUGAUACAGCUAAAGGACUUGUUUGAUGAUCAUGGGGGCUUCAGUGCUUUACUUCAUACUUACAUGCAAAACAAUGACAUCCAAUGGCUCAUAUCAGACUAUCAGUUUCAUGAUAUCCUUUCCUCAAAAGCAUUGCAAAAUGGCACUCUCUUUCCCAUGGAUGAAUACCGAAGUGCCCUCAAAGAGAACUAUAGCUAUGGUAUUGAUCCUCUCCAAGGAUGUCUUCGUCCUCUCUACUUCAUAUUAGGGGACAUAAUUAACGAUCAGGUAGCACUCAGAAGAGAAUGGGCUGAGAUCGAGCAAUUAGUACAAUCGGCAGCUAGCUCCUCUGAAAGCAUGGAACAUGCCAUUAAUAGGCGGCUUGACUUUUACAAUAAUUGCCAAGCACUCAGUGAAAUGUACGAGACCCGGGUGCACAAUUUCACACUCGCAGAAAGCUGUACAGCUUCACUUAUAACUGACAGUGAUGAUGUCGAGAUGCACAUGAUGCUUUUCGAGCUUUAUUUGAAUGUUUGCUUGAUCUAUAUUGGCAAUUACAUCUCAAAGCUUCCAACAAACUCCGUCAAACAACAAACAUUAUUGCUCAAAUGCCUAAAGCACAUCGACUUUUUGCUUGAAACAAGAAUGAAAGUGUCAUUAACAUUCCUGUUGCUAAUGGUAGGAAUCCUUUGUGUGACACCAGCAGAUAGGCAUGCUAUGGCUCAGAGAUUCAAGAUGCUCAGACAGAAUUAUGCUGUGGGAAAUGUGUCCAAAAUUAUAGAGAUUGUACACGAGUCCUGGGAACUCAAUCCUGAUGGCUUGCUGCCCGUUGAUUGGGCAGACAUAGCUUGCAGCAGAGGAUGGGAUUUAUACGUGGGCUGA